AUGAGUGAAAGAAGAGAAGAGGAUACCACUCUUGUGCAAGCAGCAAUCCCAGCCGCCUUGGAAGGAGCCAAAAAAGCUGAGGAAAUGGAAAAGAAGAUAAAAGAAUAAGGUGGAUAAAAGCUUUAAGAAGCUGAGAGACAAGCAGACGAAUAGAUUGCUAAGGCAUAAGAAAUGAUAGGCUUAACUGGGAAUUAAGCUCAAGUUGCGUAGUAAAAAUCGUUGAUUGUUGCUGCCUCUUAAUAUCUAGCUGGAAGUUUGUUAUCGAUGUUGAUUCUUCAACUUGGUUUCUUCGGAUCCAUUCUUACAUUUAUCCCAUUCUUAGAAUAAUUGACAAUCAUUCUAUACCUUGUUUCCAUAUUAAUUGUUCAAUUCUGUCCAGGCUCCGUUGACAAAGUUCCUAAAAAUUUUGGAUUUUGCAUUGUUCAUUCAGCCAGCAAAAUAUUAUUGAUGAUAUACCUUACACUUCAUUUUGAAUCAAUCAAAUUCGAAUUAAUACAAUUAGUAUUUGGAAUUGUCAUUCUCUUCUUAUUGUUCUAAAUUAAAAAGGGAAUAGCUGAAAAUCAAGAUAUUGCUUUAGUCGUAAAGAAAUAAUUCUUCACAGUUUUGAUAGUAUCAGCAGUUAUUUCAGGAUUUUUGGGAUUAUUAACUAGAUCAAACUUAUUUAUUACUGUCAUUUUGAUAGUAGUAGGAGCUGGAUAUACUUAUUAUUUAUAAUUGGCAUUGUAGAGAUUCGGGGAUCACAAGUACUUGUAUUUGGACAAAAAUGACUUGUACAUGGGAGCUGCUUAAUUGGAUGCAGAUCUAUUCUUAUGGUGUAAAUUGGUUGGGUAUCAUUGCAUUAAGAGGAAUGAGGAAGGAGCCUAUGUUCCAAAUUUAGAAUUUGAUGAGGAGAACAAACAGAAGGAACCAGAGAACUAAGAAUAAAACAAGAUCUGA